UCCCAAAAUGUAGUUCCCUGCAUUUAAGUUGACCGAAAAACCACCAGUUUUGCUACCUCUCCCGCUUCUCUCUGAAAGUGUCCGUGGGGUUCUCGCUGCUUUCUAAAAACACGGGGCCUCUUGUCUGGUGUCACUGCAGCGCCGUCUGGCGGCCGCCGGCUGGCAUCGUGACAAAGUGAUUCUAGUUUCCCGGAGGAUGAGGCAAAUGUUUUCCCCCCGACUUGCAGGACCUGCAGUGUGUGCGCGGGAACUGAACGCGUGGGUUUACCCCCACCAUUCCACGGAAACGGCCCACUCAGUUGCACGUUCUCACAAGGAGUGUCAUGUUUAACAGGCAUCUGGACUGACAGCCAUCCAGGCUGCCCCCGGCGCUCACCCUCCCUCUCCGUCACUCCUCUCCUCACUCCCCACCUCUGUGUUUCUGAAGCCCAGAGUUGACGGGAGGUAAUCCCCUCCAUGUGAGUGGGCGGUGCGGGUACCGGAGGCGUGUUUUUUUCUUCUAUUAUUCAAAUGCUGCUGUACCUAUAAAAAGAGGUCCUGCCUGCGUCAGAUUGUUUUCUCCAAUGGCUAAAGGUGACUGAAUAUUAGUUGCCUCGGUGUCGUCCUAUCGGCAAGGGAAGAGAUGAUGGACGACUCCGGCGGUGUCCAAAUGGCGAGGGCGCUGAAACACGCAGCCCUGUGCCUGAUGCUGCUGCCCCGGUUCCUGCUGGCCGCCGUCAUGCUGUGGCUCCUGGAUUUCCUGUGCAUCAGGAGAAAAGUGCUGCUGAAAAUGGGCGAGCGCCAGGACAGCCAGGACGACCCGCCGGUGUGCGUCUCCGACUCCAACAAGAUGUUCACCUGGGAGUCCCUCAGGGCCGUGUGGCACGGCCAGAAGCUGGACUUUCUCAAAUCGGCGCACCUCGGGGAGGCUGCCCCCAACACCGAGGUGGUGCUGGUCCAGGAGCGGCGGCAGGUCCGGAUCCUGGACUGCACGAAAGGGAAGAGACCGCUCGUCCUCAACUUUGGCAGCUGCUCCUGACCGCCGUUCAUGACGCGCCUGGCGACGUUCCAGCGCGUCGUCAGGCAGUACGCGGACAUCGCGGACUUCUUAGUUGUGUACAUCGAGGAGGCGCACCCGUCGGACGGCUGGGUGAGCUCCGACGCGCCCUACCAGAUCCCCAAGCACCGCUGCCUGGAGGACCGGCUGAGAGCCGCGCAGCUGAUGUUCACCGAGGUGCCAGAGAGCAACGUGGUGGUGGACAACAUGGACAACUCGUCCAACGCCGCUUACGGAGCCUACUUUGAGAGACUUUACAUCGUGAUGGAUGAGCGGGUGGUGUACCAGGGUGGGAGGGGUCCGGAAGGCUACCGGAUCUCGGAACUGAAGAACUGGCUGGAGCAAUACAGAAAAGAGGUGAUGGACCCCCAGAAGGAGGUGCUGUGUGUGUAGCCGAACCUGCCCUGCUGCUCUGCCCUCCGCUUUAGUGUCCAAACCCACAGUGCAAAAUAUCCAGAUGCUGCUAUCAAACGUUCACACAUGGCACAUUAUAUAUGAAUAUUAUAUA